UUCUCCAUAGUUUUCCUCUUAUACAUUUUCUCUUCUCUUUGCUUUCCUUCCGCAAUUUACAAGCAAAGCCAUAAGUUUAAAAGAAGGCCACCACAAUCUCCAAUUUCGGACGGAGAACCCUAAUAUGGCAUCCUCAUCGCAAUCUUCUCUUCCUCCCACCGAGAAAUCUGUCUACGUUCGAGCAAUUAACAGCGACUUCGACAACGAAUGGUAUUCCUUCCCCCUUAACGGCCCUCCUUACAUACGCGAUGGAAAGCGAAAACGAGGUCUUGGUCGUAGGAAGCGAAAACGAGGUAUUGGUGGUCGUAGUCUCCCGCUUCUCACCCCGCUAAAUCCGAAGAUGAAUUCUCUGUUUGCCAGCUUUGCAGUGGUCGACUCCACAAUAUACAGUAUUGGAGGUAAUUCCCCCGGCAUGGACACUGCUUGGGAGGUCUACCGUGAGGUCUGCAGUUGGGAUACGAGCCGUGUCGAAGAAGAAUCCUGGGAGACAAGUCCUUCAAUGGGCGGUGCUAGAUCCAUUCCCCAAGUGGUUACGCUGAACGGUAUGAUUUAUGUGAUGGGUGGGAUUAGUGGCGAAGAUGAUGGUCCUCACCCAUGGGCCGAAGUUUUUGACCCCAAGUCUGGUUCUUGGAGUUCCCUCAAUCAACCUUGUCCAAAGCCUUCGUUUGGCGGAUCCUUUUCCGCGGCUCUGCCUAGCACCAAUCAGGUGUUAGUGGGAUCAGCCGUAGAUGGAUUCAUUUGUUUAUACAACGUAGGAUCGAAAACUUGGGAGCAUUUGCAUCAUGAGAUUGAUUGUCUUCCCUCCUCAGAUGAGCGCCCGGUGGUAGCAGGCACAACUUUGUUCUGGUUUCAAUACGGCAUGCUUCACGCCUAUGAUUUGCUCGGGAAAUGGAAUUAUUCAGCCCCUGUAAGGGGCUUGGAGGAUGUUGUGCCGCUAGAAGUGUUCAAACCGGAUAGUGGUUGUUCCUCUUCACAGUUGCUUUGUCUCGCCGACAAUGACGUCUGUUUGGUUUGCUGCGAGUACUCAAACACCAAAAAACAUCUGGGUCUGCUUCAUUGCAUCAGAAUUUCCGUUUCACCAAUUAUUUUGCGCGGUCGCAAGGCUCACUUUGAUGCCGUUGUUGCAACUUCCCAAGCUUAUUUCUUCAAAAUGCCGCGUGCAAUCCGUGAUGCAGUGCUGAUGGAUGACCUUUUCACUUUACUUAAAGAAUAGUCAACCCCUUGCAACUAGCUUGGAUAUUUUGGGGCAUGAAAGAUAAAAAUAAUGAUGGCAUAUUCUUAUAAAUGUGUGAUCACAUACAUUAUCAUGCAUGGAUAGUUUAAUGAAGACAACUUGGUAAGUCUUGCAUCCAUCAUGUUUGAGAUUGACCUCUUGGUACUGCUGUCAAGGCCUAUGGUAAGAAAGAGGGACAAAUCUUAGUUUUGGCUAAGGGGACUGAUUCAUCCCAAUUACACACCUCCCACCAUCUCCAUUUUGUCAAUUAGGGGAGAGCAAAUACCAUUCUUGACUGUUUUCUACGUGUUACGGUCGAAAGUGGGUAACAUGCAUCAUUUUAGGUUUUAGGUAGAAUGAGGCGCAUUUUUUCAAAAUUUUAUGCAUCGAGUGUGCAAUUUGGAUAGUGCAUGCUGUCACCUAUUAUAGGUGUAUGUUACGCCUAAACAGAGUAACGUGAUUUUGUUUAUUGGACAAGGUGGACACAUGGUUUGCCGCUAACUUGGGCACUCCACUUGUGGCGUAGGGCUGACCUAAUGUAUAAUUUCUCUUGUUAGAUUGGAAUUGAGAGUUCACAUGGUUGAUUCCAUGAAUUAUGUUGUUUUAUCUCCGAAUUCAAGAAAUCGAGCGCAUUUCUAGCAAUUUAUGUUUGGUUACAGUGUCGAUAUCAAAUUGUUAGUUUCAAUAUGGUAUAUGAUCCUUAAUUGUCUUGUAUGGUUGGAAUGGGUUCAUUAGGUACAAGUUGUACAUUACUCAUAGUGGACAAAAUUUUUGGAAAGGAAAAAUAAAUAAAUGCCUAGGUAUUGGAGUUCACAUAUACAAAGGGUGUGCUAGCACUCUUGCAGUGUGCUUUUGGAAUACAUUGAACUACUAAUGGUUUAUUUUUAGCUAUGUUACGUGAAAUCUUCAAUAUGAAGCACCUGUUUUGGUCAAUCGACACUCCAGCAUGGGUAUGGCCCUUGGGAUCCGUGUCCGAUGUAUUUAGUUGGACACUCAACUAGAAAACAUAUUUCGCAAUUUGAACUAUUCAUAGAAAUGCUUUAUAUGCAUGAAAUGCCCUAACCUCCUAGUAAACACCAUGUAUCUUAGAAAACAAAAGAAAUAUAUCGAGGAAUAUGAAUAUUUUGCGAUGCCCCCGUGUCUUGAGAAUCCUACACUUGACACCUAACCGCACCUGAUACUGAAUACUCGUACCCGAGUCCAUGUAAUAGACGGUUAGAAUUAGGGUUGUAGUGAUCUAGCGUUAUUCUCAACAUCACAUUGAACUCACCUAGAAUUUAUGCAUGCCCAUAAAAUAUUCAAGUACCAUACUUUGCGUUUAUGAGCCAAAGUUCUAGCACAAGAAAGUUGAAUUAUGUACUUCAUUCACUACAAACUAAUUUUUGCUCUCUUCUUAUUUGCAUUCUCCAUAUCAUUUUUGACAACCAUGUCUAUGGUAGCACUAGGAUUUUUGCAAACCUCGUGGUGAAAGUGCCUCUCCAUUGCCUUGUUUAUUUGGUGUUAUUGAGAAGCAUUUGACCAUCUUAUUAUGGUCGGUUGUUUUGUAACUAAAUGCAACCUUUCGUAUACAUGUAGGGUGAGUUUUUUUUUUCAAUCAGCGACAAAGCAAAGACAUGUCUAAAGACCUCAUGUGUCCAUGUCAGAUGCGUGUCAAACAUGCCCAAAAUAUGUUUCCUAUUUAUUAUUGUAUUUUCCUUGUUGGACAUGCUAGGGAUAUACUUGGACAAGUUGAGACACGUUAAGAGGUGAUAAUUAAAUUUUUAAUGGUUUGGUAAUGAAAUUUUUGAUGGUCGGUUAUGUUCAAAUUUGUCAUAGCUGAUUAGUUCUUGAAUAUUUAUUAGUGACUGUUGUGCUUAUAGCCUUUCUAUUGUGUUAAUAUCGUUUGUAUCUUACAUCCGAAAUUUUAUAAAAGUUAUUUAUUUUUAUGUGAAUUGUCUAAUCUAGCUAGAAGGAAUAUAAUUUUAAAUAUAAAUAUUCAAUAUGCCCGUGUCCUGAUCUUUUAAGAUGAAGUGUCCUUUCAUACGUGUCCUGUGUCCCUAUCUGUGCUUAUAAUUGGGACAUUAAGACUGCUUACUAAUUUGUUCAUCUCCUUUUGGUCAAUUACAUUGUGUUGUCUUGUUUACUUGUACAAAUUAUUGUCUGGAGUGCUUUGGCAUAUACUUUUGACUACUGACUCGACAGAGUUACUAUUUUCAUCUUUGUUGCACAUUUAAUACCUUUGUGGAGCUUGAGCAUUUAGAAAGCUGCAGUAUGCUGCGUUCAUUUUUCUUUCUUUUGGCAGCCAAAAGAGUUGCCACUGCAUCGUUGUGUUUGUUGGUUUAAAGGUACUCUCUGUGCCUAGUUUAAAUAAUAGUACACCAAUGAUGCUUGUCUACGCUACCUACCAAACAUUUAUGCUAACACAUGUUAUGAAUAUAUGGGCUAUUAGCUUGUUUGAUUAUGAUAGUUAUAUACGUAUCAGAAAGUUCCAUUGGAUCAAACGGAGUAUUGUCUGAACAUGCAUCACUUUUAAGUGGAAUAGGUAUCUGUUUAUUUCAAAUUUGGAUCAACAUGAACUUUGUUUACUGAACCUGAUUGAUGGGAAGAGAGGAAUGUAUUGAUUUUGCAAAUACUCUUGAUCGUCGCUUUUCUUAGAGCCAGGGACUUCUCUCUCUCUCUCUCUCUCUCUCUCUCUCUCUCUCUCUCUCU